AUAAUAUAAAUAUUAAGUGUUAACCACGAGGACCACAGCUAUUUAUUUGUAUUGCUCGGCGAACACAGUCGCUGUCGUACGGCUUACGCACGGCCCACGAAUUAAGGUAACCUACGAUAUCUUAAAGUUCUUAAUUCGUACGAUCAUGUCAAUAUUUAUAUUAAACCACGACACGGAUUUCGAGCACAUAAUUGGCGUGCUGUUCAACAACUGGACCGCACUUAAAUUGGCUGUUGAACAUGGCAUGGGAGGAUCGUCUGCAAUAAUGCAAUCCAAAAUCAGGGAUUUGAUAAAGCACGUACACGACAGUCUUCUGAAAUCUGGUGUCAACAUGUGUUGGACAAUGAUAUCUGAUAUUAUUGAAGACACAAUGGAUUUUGGGUUUGAUGUUGUGCUUGAAGAUGCAUCUGCUGAGGAAUUAAGUAAACAUAUUUGUGAACUCUAUUGUAUUUGGAAUCAGUCAUUAGACGGCCGACAAAAAGUUAUAGAUGAACUUAAAAGUUUACCAAUAGUAAUUCCUAUUCAAAUUAAUCCAGUAAAACCAAUACGAGAAAAACAAAAGAGUGAUGAUUCAUCUUCGUCUAGUGAAGAGUCUGAACCAUGUGAAGAUGGAUGGACAGUGGUGAAACAUAAAUAAAACUUACCAGCAAUAUGUCUUAUUUUAUUCUUUUAUUUAUGAAGAGAUAAUGAUUUUUAUUAGGUAAUGGGCUGUUGUAAUGUGCUGUUAUUUGUAACAAAAUAUUUAAUUUUCAUAUGAGUAUACUAACUAUAGUGUUUAUAAACUCGUUUAUGUUUUAAUUCCUAACUUUAUAAAUGUACAUUAUUAAUGUUUAGUAAUUUUGUCUUUUAUAAUCAUGUUUGAAAAUUAGAUAAAAAUAAUUUUUAAAUGUUUCAUUUUGAACUUGAUAAAUUAUGAUGUUAGCUUGUUCUUUUUGAAAAGACUUUUUGAAUAUAAUAUAUACAGAAUGUCUUACAG